AUGGGUGGAUAUACUGGGUUGUCCCACUGUAAACUGGCUCUGGCCUUUGCCGUGUUUAUGGAUGUAGUGGGUGGAGCCGCUCUGCUGGUGGGGGUCUUCGCCAAUCUGAAGAUCCAAGACAGGGACUUUGGAGACGUGUUGGUCUACUCUGGAGCCCUGUUUUUACUCGUGUCUCUGGCCGGAUGGGUGUUGUGGUACAGCGGAAACAUCGAGGGCCUGUCACUUGCAGAUGACAAGAAGCAGGGACACAUCAGCUACGCCGUCGACCGCAUCGCCCGAACCCUCAGCCGCAAGAUACGCUCGCACAGAUACCACAGCUGA